GUAAAGGAGAAACAAGUGUUAAAGUAGCUCUGAGGAGAGUAAACUAACCUCCAGCAUCCACACGGCAUAAAAGAGGAGUAAAAGCGGACGCCUUUAUUACAGACACCAUCAUUACAAGUCAUUACUCGGAUGCACGUUUUCUCCCUUGAAGUAAAAGGAUUUUGUGUUUGGUUCUGAAAUGGCAGUCUGGUUCGAGUUUACCGCGCACAUGCUUUUUCUAAUGCUAGGUUGUUAUCUUGGAACUUUGGAGGGUCGGACCUCGAGCCGAACCUCAUGGGGCUUGCAGGGACAGGGCAGCGAUGGAACCGAUUCUCCGUUUGACCGAGACAGAGCUAAUCAGGAUGUGGUCUCACAGCACAUGUACAGGCUGUAUGAGAAAUACAACAGAGAUCUGAAACGACUCAGAGAGGGAAACACUGUCAGGAGUUUCAGAGCCAGCCAAGACUCGUCUGACCAGAGGACGUUUUACCAUCUGAACCUGACGUCUCUCCAGGACUCAGAGCUCAUCCUCUCUGCCACGUUUCACUUCUUGUUCGACCGGUGCCCACGGCCAAGGGCCUGGUUGGGCAAACGCUACAAAAUCCCGGCCUGUCGCUCUCUACACCUCCACCCGGCUCCCAACAUCCACCUCUUCCUUCACUCCAACCCCUCUGGGUCAGGGUUCAAUCCAGGGUCACAGGUGUCAUUGUUGGGCAACGUGACAUUUCACCCAAACCAGAAAGGGUUGUGGCAGAUGCAGGACGUGACUGUGGCGAUAAAAGAGGCCAGGGAAAAGGGCAGUCAUUUUGUGUCGGUGGAGCUGGACUUUGGGCUGCAGUACCACAGACAGCCAGAGGACGCACUGUCGGGGGCCAGUCUACCUUAUUUGUUGAUAUAUGCUGAUGACCAUGCGCUAGAUGAGCCCAACAGUGUGGCACAGACUUUACAGAGGUAUGGCCCUGAGGCUGAGGUGAAGGAAAAUUCUUCUCACCCUUCUCGUCUUCCCCCUAAACAGGGGUCAACGGGUCGUAUGAGAAGGGGGGUACCAUCCCACCCAGACUCCAUCCAGAACAACGAGCUACCAGAGGUGGAGUACAGGCCUAGCGGAUCCAGGAAAGAUGACCUGUUUGAAACCGCCUACCACACCCUGAAACCUAUCAAUCCCAAGCCUGGGAGGAAGGAGAGGAUGAGGAACGGCCAGGACGGAGAGGAAGAAGUGAAAGAUGGGGAGAGGGAUGGAGGGAGUCAAUCGCCAGUUCUGAGCUUGGACGAGAGGACCCCAAAGAAGAGCAGCAAUGGAGGGAGUAGGUUGCAAGACAACAUUGAGGGAAGGAGUGAUGGAAGAAACGAUAGAGGGAAGGCAGGAGGAAGUAAGUCUCCAAUGCUGAGUUUUGAUGAGUGGACAAUGCGCAAGGCGAAGAAGAGACAGUGGGGAUCGGAGCCCCAGAUUAGGAGCUGCUCUAGGAGGACACUCAGGGUCGACUUUGCCGACAUCGGCUGGAGUGAGUGGGUCCUGGCGCCUGAAGCCUUCGAUGCCUUUUACUGCGCUGGAACCUGUGGAUUCCCCAUGCCCAAGGUGCUGCAUCCCUCUAACCAUGCAACAAUCCAGAGUAUAGUCCGUGCGGUUGGGAUAGUUCCAGGGGUCCCAGAGCCCUGCUGUGUCCCAGAGAAGAUGAGCCCUCUGGUGGUUCUCUACCAGGACGAGGGAGGUAACCUGGUGCUCAAGGUCUACCCCAGCAUGUCUGUGGAGAGCUGUGCCUGCAGAUAGACCCAAAGGACAGAGGGGAACAAUGUUGGACAAGACAGGAUGGAAUGGCAGGAAUUUAAAAGGAAAAAGGAAGAAAAAAAAGGGGGAAGGAAAAAAAGACAAGAGAUAUAUUCAUAAACGGACGGAUGAGUUGAGGUGUCUGUCCAUCUCUUCGUCCCUUGUGUCCCUCAGGCGUUUGACGCUGAGAUGGGUGAACGCAAAGAGGCGUUGAAGAAGCACGUUAUCUGCCGUUGCAGCACCAGUCAUGUCCUCCAGUAGCAGUAGACACGCGCCACCACAAUAUUCUCCACAUCUACCAUACCCUCGACAAAGCAGCAUCACCACUUCAAGGACUACAGGUACUGAGAGAGCUCUCUCCCUCCAAACAACUUGAAUUAAAAUCGUUCCGUUCAAAAACCAGGGCUGCUUGACUGGCGCUGUGUUUAUUUUUUGUUUUUUAGGCACUGAUCAUGCGUACUUUCAUAUACCCAUUUCAGACAGAAGAUGGGGCAUGUUACCUGUAAAAAAAAAUACCCUGAGUGUACAAAACACCUUCCUAAUACUGAGUAGCUCACCCCCUCCUCUUUUCCAUCAGAACAGCCUCAAUUCCCCGUGGCAUAGACUCGAGGAGUCAAAAGCGUUCCACAGGGAUGCUGGCCCAUGUUGACUCCAAUGGUUCCCACAGUUGUGUCAAGUUGGCUGGUGGAUCAUUCUCGAUACAGACAGGAAACUGUCGAGCGUGGAAAAACUCAGCAGCGUUGCAGUUCUUGACACAAAGCGGUGUGCCUGGCACCUACUACCCGUUCAACAGCACUUGAAUCUUUCGUCUUGCCUAGGGCAAGUUACGGUGACCAUAUUACCGCAACCGUGGCGGCACGUCACGACCCCAGUCAAAUUCCACGUUUAGUCACGGUAAUUAGGCCUACCAAACUAGUAUCCUACCAAGCUUGUCAUUCGUAUCACUCUGACGUCAACGCAAUUGUUAUUGAAAAUCAGGAGUAUAACCUACCUGGCUGGUAUGAAAAUGAAACACAGGAAAAGCAUCCUAAAUUCUCUACUUAAGUGCAUAGAUGACAUGUAAUGUUUUCCCCCGCCCCUGUUUCCAGACUGGUGCAUGAUAACGGUCUAUUCGAAAUCAAAACAAAUUUCACACAUAUAUUAUUUAGUGUAUGUAAAGACAAGAUCAAAUCAAGAAUGGUCUGAUGGGUGACAAUAUUAGCCUUGUGAAUGAUGCCCAGUCUGUGUGCAGUAAAGGCAAGAAACAGCGGGGGGGUGUUUUGCGAUUUAAAAAAAUCAUAGUCUCACACCUCAUGUAUGUUUGUAUCACGACUAAAGUAACUUCUUAAAAUGAAGCACGUUAAUUGGCUUCACACCGGGUGUAGAGCCUAACUGGCAUACAAACACAACACGUGAGUUUCAAGUUUGGGGAAGAUCAUUUUCACCAUUAAAUAAAUGCAACUUUAGAAUAAAAGUAUUACAUGCUUAUUCGCAGUACAUCCUCAUUGCUAUUAAAAGUUAUUUUUAUUCAUUUGGGAUCUACCGCAUCCCACAACUGCCCCAGGCUAUGUUUGGAAUAUUUAUUUCUCGCAAAGAAUUAGCAUAAGUCAACUUUUGUACUAUGUGGGAUAGCAGAUUAACAUAGAAUAGUGCAGGGAUCAUCAACUAGAUUCGGCCGUGGGCCAAUGUUUUUCAAUAUUCUUUUAUAUAUACACUGCUCAAAAAAAAUAAAGGGAACACUUAAACAACACAAUGUAACUCCAAGUCAAUCACACUUCUGUGAAAUCAAACUGUCCUCUUAGGAAGCAACACUGAUUGACAAUAAAUUGCACAUGCUGUUGUGCAAAUGGAAUAGACAACAGGUGGAAAUUAUAGGCAAUUAGCAAGACACCCCCAAUACAGGAGUGGUUCUGCAGGUGGGGACCACAGACCACCUCUCAGUUCCUAUGCUUCCUGGCUGAUGGUUUGGUGCUGGUGGUGCUUUCACUCUAGUGGUAGCAUGAGACAGAGUCUACAACCCACACAAGUGGCUCAGGUAGUGCAGCACAUCCAGGAUGGCACAUCAAUGCGAGCUGUGGCAAGAAGGUUUGCUGUGUCUGUCAGCGUAGUGUCCAGAGCAUGGAGGCGCUACCAGGAGACAGGCCAGUACAUCAGGAGACGUGGAGGAGGCCGUAGGAGGGCAACAACCCAGCAGCAGGACCGCUACCUCCGCCUUUGUGCAAGGAGGAGCAGGAGGAGCACUGCCAGAGCCCUGCAAAAUGACCUCCAGCAGGCCUCAAAUGUGCAUGUGUCUGCUCAAACGGUCAGAAACAGACUCCAUGAGGGUGGUAUGAUGGCCCGACGUCCACAGGUGGGGUUGUGCUUACAGCCCAACACCGUGCAGGACGUUUUUCAUUUGCCAGAAAACACCCAGAUUGUCAAAUUCGCCACUGGCGCUCUGUGCUCUUUACAGAUGAAAGCAGGUUCACACUGAGCACAUGUGACAGACGUGACAGUCUGGAGAUGCCGUGGAGAAUGUUCUGCUGCCUGCAACAUCCUCCAGCAUGACCGGUUUGGUGGUGAGUCAGUCAUGGUGUGGGGUGCCAUUUCUUUGGGGGGCCGCACAGCCCUCCAUGUGCUCGCCACAGGUAGCCUGACUGCCAUUAGGUACUGAGAUGAGAUCCUCAGACCCCUUGUGAGACCAUAUGCUGGUGCGGUUGGCCCUGGGUUCCUCCUAAUGCAAGACAAAGCUAGACCUCAUGUGGCUGGAGUGUGUCAGCAGUUCCUGCAAGAGGAAGGCAUUGAUGCUACGGACGCCACGUUGCACCACAGACUGUCCAGGAGUUGGCGGAUGCUUUAGUCCAGGUCUGGAAGGAGAUCCCUCAGGAGACCAUCGGCCACCUCAUCAGGAGCAAGUACAGGCGUUGUAGGGAGGUCAUACAGGCACGUGGAGGCCACACACACUACUGAGCCUCAUUUUGACUUGUUUUAAGGACAUUACAUCAAAGUUGGAUCAGCCUGUAGUGUGGUUUUCCACUUUAAUUUUGAGCCCAAAUCCAGACCUCCAUGUGUUGAUAAAUUUGAUUUCCAUUGAUCCUUUUUAUGUGAUUUUGUUGUCAGCACAUUCAACUAUGUAAAGAAAAAAGUAUUUAAUAAGAAUAUUUCAUUCAUUCAGAUCUAGGAUGUGUUAUUUUAGUGUUCCCUUUAUUUUUUGAGCAGUGUAUAUACACACACACUACUGGUCAAAGGUUUUAGAACAGCUACUCAGUCAAGGGUUUUUCAUUUUUACUAUUUUCUACAUUGUAGAAUAAUAGUGAACACAUCACAACUAUGAAAUAACACAUAUGGAAUCAUGUAGUAACCAAAAAAGUGUUAAACAAAUCAAAAUAUAUUUUAUAUUUUAGAUUCUUCCAAAAGCCACCAUUUGCCUUGAUGACAGAUUUGCACACUUGGCAUUCUCUCAACCAGCUUCAUGAGAAGCUGGAAUGCUUUUCAAUUAACAGGUGUGCCUUCUUAAAAGUUAAUUUGUGGAAAUUCUUCCCAUCUUAAUGCGUUUGAGCCAAUCAUUUGUGUUGUGACAAGGUAUGGGGUAUACAGAAGAUAGCCCUAUUUGGUAAAAGACCAAGUCCAUAUUAUGGCAAGAACAGCUCAAAUAAGCAAAGAGAAAUGACAGUCCAUCAUUACUUUAAAACAUGAAGGUCAAUCAAUACGGAACAUUUCAAGGAACUUUGAAAGUUACUUCAAGUGCAGUUGCAAAAACCAUCAAGCGCUAUGAUGAAACUGGCUCUCAUGAGGACCGCCACAGGAAAGGAAGACCCAGAGUUACCUCUGCUGCAGAGGACAAGUUCAUUAGAGUUACCAGUCUCAGAACUUGCAGCCCAAAUAAAUGCUUCACAGAGUUCAUGUAACAGACACAUCUCAACAUCAACUGUUCAGAGGAGACUGUGUGAAUCAGGCCUUCAUGGUUGAAUUGCUGCAAAGAAACCACUACUAAAAGACACCAAGAAGAAGAAGAGAUUUGCUUGGGCCAAAAAACACAGGCAAUGGACAUUAGACCGGUGGCAAUUUGUCCUUUGGUCUGGUGUCCAAAUUGGAGAUUUUUAGGUCCAAACCGCAGUGUCUUUGUGAGACGUGAUGUGGGUGAACGGAAGAGCUCUGCAUUUGUGUUUUACACCGUAAAUCAUGGAGGAGGAGGUGUGGCGGUGUGGCGGUGCUUUGCUGGUGAGACUGUCUGAUUUAUUUAGAAUUCAAGGCACACUUAACCAGAAUGGCCAUGACAUUAUUCUGCAGCGAUACGCCAUCCCAUCUGGUUUGGUGGGACUAUUAUUUGUUUUUCAACAGGACAAUGACCCAACACACCUCCAGGCUGUGUAAGGGUUAUUUGACCAAGAAGGAGAGAGAUGGAGUGCUGCAUCAGAUGACCUGGCCUCCACAAUCCCCCGACCUCAACCCAAUUGAGACGGUUAGGGAUGAGUCGGACCGCAGAGUGAAUGAAAAGCAUCCAACAAGUGCUCAGCAUAUGUGGGAACUCCUUCAAGACUGUUGGAAAAGCAUUCCAGGUGAAGCUGGUUCAGAGAAUUCCACGUGUGCAAAGUUGUCAUCAAGGCAAAGGGUGGCUACAAUGUAGAAAAUAGUACAAAUUAAGAAAAACCCUUGAAAGAGUAGGUGUUCUAAAACUUUUGACCGGUAGUGUGUAUAUACUGCAAAUUGGUCGCUAGAAGCCUAAACCGAUAUAAUAUUUGACUAAAACAUAAUAAUUUCACACCUUGAUUACAUCUGGGAACAUUUUCCUGCGUUGGGUGCCGUCUUUGGAUAGGAUGUGAAAAUGGGUGUCCUGACUCUCUGUGGCAAUUUGAAAUCCCAUGGUGCUUAUUGUAAGAGUAGGGGUGUUUUCCCCGGUGUCAUGGCGAAAUUUCCAAACUGUCCACAUUCCAUCGUGGCCACCUAAUCAUCCCCCUCAUUACUAAUUAGCGGCAGGGUAACCUAGUGGUUAGAGCAUUCGACUCGCAACGGAAAGGUUGCAAAGUUCAUAUCCCCGAGCUGACAAGGUAAAAAUCUGUCAUUCUGCCCCUGAACAAGGCAGUUAACCCACUGUUCCUAGGCUGUCAUUGAUACUGUCAAAAUAUAUAUAUAUCACUCCUCACCUCUCUACCUGAAUGCUGAAGUGUGGUUAGAGUUCUGGCACAAAAAUGAAAAUUCAGCAACAAAUAAAUUUGCUCAGAAAACUUGUGGGACCAAAUAAAACCACCCGCGGGCCACCAGUUGGGGAACCCCGGUGUCGGCUCCAUUACAUGGAUUUAUUGGACUUUAAAAUGUAAUGUUCCAAAGGUCUGCAUCAGUGACUUCUGGGCUAUGCAUGGAAGCCAGGAGAUGCUAAAUGUGUUACUGUUAAUUAACAGUCAAUUACCAUGAGACCGGCAGUUAUUUGCGCAACAAUCACUGGCAGACAAAUUUCAUGACCACCACAGCCCUCUAGUCUUGCCCAUUUUCCCUCUGAAUGGCACACACACACAAUCCCAUGUCUCAAUUGUCUCAAGGCUUAAUAAAAAUCCUUCUUUAACCUCUAUCCCCCCCCCUCAUCUGCACUGAUUGAAGUGGAUUUAAUUCAAGUGACAUCAAUAGGGGAUCCUAUAUUUCACCUGGAUUCACCUGGUCAGUUUAUGCCCCCCC